AGCAGAGAUGGCGUACUCUACGGUGCAGAGGGUGGCCCUGGCCUCGGGUCUCGUCCUGGCCGUGUCGCUGCUGCUGCCCAAGGCUUUCUUAUCCCGCGGACAGCGGCAGGAGCCGCCGCCGGCGCCCGAAGGAAAACUGGGUCGAUUGCCACCCAUGAUGCAUCAUCACCAUACACCUUCUGAUGGCCAAACCACUGGUGCCCGAUUCCAGAGGUCUCAUCUGGCAGAGGCGUUUGCAAAGGCCAAAGGACCAGGUGGAGGUACUGGAGGAGGAGGUAGUGGAAGAGGCCUGAUGGGACAGAUUAUUCCAAUCUAUGGUUUUGGGAUUUUCUUAUAUAUACUUUACAUUUUAUUUAAGCUCUCAAAAGGAAAAACAACUGCAGAAGAUCAGAAAUACUCUACUGCCACACCUGGAAACAACCACCGAAAAAUUACCAAUUUUGAGCUUGCUCAAUUGCAAGAAAAACUGAAAGAGACAGAGGAAGCCAUGGAAAAAUUAAUCAACAGAGUGGGACCUGAUGGUGAGAGAGCACAGACUGUGACUUCUGAUCAAGAGAAACGAUUGUUGCAUCAGCUCCGAGAAAUCACCAGGGUCAUGAAAGAAGGAAAAUUUGUUGACAGAUCCACUCCAGAGAAGGAAGCUGAAGAAGCCCCUUACAUGGAAGACUGGGAAGGUUACCCUGAAGAGACUUACCCAGUUUAUGACCUUUCAGACAGCAUCAAGCGGAGGCAAGAAACAAUCCUAGUGGAUUACCCUGACCCAGAAGAGCCCUCUGCUGAAGAAAUAGCUGAGAGAAUGGAAGUGCUAGAAGAAGCAGCAGAACAUCGGGGCUGGGACUGUCUGCCCACUGCUGCCCGAGCCCAGGAAGAUAGUUCUGUUACCUUGUGCAACUCAAAGCCAGAAACGUGUUCUUGCUGUUUCCAUGAAGAAGAUCCUGCUGUCUUGGCAGAGAAUGCUGGUUUCAGUGUAGACGGCUACAGCGAUCAAGAAGAAACCACUAAAGAAGAGUGGUCCCAAGAAUUCAGAGAUGAAAACUUGGGCAUCAGUGCAGAUAAAGCACCUACCGGGGGCAUACUGAGGAAGCGGAACCUCCAGAGUUUAGAAUGA